AUGGACGAGGAAUGCAACUUGGUCAUUAUUCCAAACAAUACAAUCUACUCGGUUCAAACUAUGCAAGUAUACUACAUAACCUACGACUUACAGCGCAAGUAUGACACCAUUAACCCAAGAACUCAUGGGGACAUCAUGGUGCUUUCUGGGGAGACAAGGCCUAGUCACCCUUACUGUGAAGCAGCAGUUCUUUGGGUUAGAUGGCUGGCUGGCUUAUGGGGCUAUAAGUCUGGCACCAAACAUACUCGUCUUCCAAAGGUGGCAAUUGUGGAGGAGUCAGAUCGGGACACUUUCAGGUUCCUUGACCCAGGACAGGACGUGGUGUCAGCUCACUUUGCCAGGGAGAGUCGUUGGCACGCCCUGGGGGGCAGCUGGAGGAUUGAGAAGAAUAUUACAUUGGGAUAUUCGUCGACCGAGGCAUGUUCAUGCGCUAUUCACCUUGGCAUUGGGCAUUCCACCAUGCUGCGGAAAAUCACUAGAGAUUGCCUUGGUUCCGAUCUGAUGGCCAACCAUGUUGUGAACAACAGUGACCAGGAGCAUGCUGAUGAUGAAGAGACCGGUGAUGGUGAGGAUCAUUACAAACAUGACGAUGGACAAGGGGGUAGCGAUGACGAGGGCGAUGAAGAAUGUGAUGACAGUGACUUAGAGCCUAGCGAUGGUGAGCUGCCAGACGAGGGUGAAGAGUAUGGUGAUGAAUUUGGUGACAUGCUUAAUGAUCUCUCUUUCUAG